AAUAUAUACAUGUAUUAUUACAAUACACGAUGAUAUUUAUCACUGUGAUUUAAUAUUAAAAGGAGAAUGAUGGGAAGUGACAAAAUGAAAAAGGAAAGAUAAAUUCCCGAUUUUAAUAUAGGAAUUGCACGAAUGAAUUCUCGAGCCAUUUCUCUAUCCGCUACUGUACACAACAGCAACUUAGGCUGCUGGCCUCGCCUAACCGCGCGUGCAGUCGUCUCACCUCUCUGCUGGCCUUUAUCGCUGCUCACCGCGUCCCUCGGUAUCCCCUCCCUUCGCCAUACGACUUACCUAGUCUCCCAAUCCUACCCCACUCCGUCACAGACCCCACUCCUAACUCUUUCGAGGGAGUAUGCGCGUCGACUGGUCGCGCGAGCGAGUCCCGAACAGUUUCUCGACAGGAUUCGUGUGAUUUCGUCGUUUUUCGUUCGUAUUCGUCUUUCUCUCUCUCUCUCUCUCCCCCCUUAUUUCGCUAGGACUCGCGUGCGCGCCUGCGCCAAAGACAAAGAAUAUGUCAGCACCGACAGUAGCAGCGGUCGAGUUAAGACUUUAAAGGAAAUAAAAAAUGAAAAUAGACAGAGAAAGAGAGAGAGAGAGAGAGAGAAAGAGAGAAAGAGAUUAAGAUAAAUAUAAAUAAAGAAAAAGACAAAGGAUAUAUAAUUUGUUUCGAGUGUUGCUGUUGAUUGUUACGUACUUAUGUACAUACGUGAUGCGUGCUUGCGUACGUGUGAAUUACACGUAAAACUUGAAGAUAUCGUUCGUCUUAUUCUACAUUCGACGAGUUUCGACGAACUUCGGCUAUCCUCGAGGACCUUCGUGUUUCGUUGGAUAAACCAACCGGCGUCCUAUCUUUCGCUUUCUCCCCCCUCUCUCUCUUUCUCCCCUCUCUUUCUCUCUCUCUCUCUCUCUCUCACGUUCGCUCGCACGCUCGCUCGCUCUCACUCGUGUUUUAGUGCUCGUGCUCGUGUGCUCGCUCUCGUGGUCUCCGAGGCCGAAGGAGACAACUCGCGACGAAUGUUCCGAGGACGAGUGCCGUCGGCAGAAUGUCAUGUCGCUUCGAAAUCGGAUGAAACUCGAUCGACAAGCGCGACCGAACGCGGUUGUUGUUUCCGCCGAUCAUCAUUUUGAUAUUUUCCUAUCGAGAUGGAAACCGAGGUUCGAACGUUAAAGGAAGAAUUAGCUCAUACUCAAGAAACAUUAAAAGCCGCGACGAAAAGAUGUCGAGAUUUGGUGAGAGAAUUGGACAAUCGUACAGCAUUAUACGAAUCGGAAAGGACUUUAAGGGAUCAACAAUUAUCACGGAUUCUACGUGCUUUGUUGAUCCUAGAAGCACGACUGAAGCAAGAACAAAAGUCGAUUAGGCAGGUAUUAUGCGAAAAGGACAACGUUAUUAGGAAUCAACAAUUGGAAAUCGCUAGGCUAAGACGUUACACCAAAAAUUAUAUCAAAUCUAAACGUGAGCAGAUAUUAGGUAGGACAUCGGGUAUAAAGGUCAACAUUGGUCCUAACGUUGAUAAGAGUUCUUCGUUGGAGAAGACUGAAAAACUCGAGAAUGAAAUCGACUCGAGACAAGACGACGAUGAUCUCAGUAAAGAGAUCGAGAAUCUCAAGUGUGAAAUUAUUACGAAACUCGAUUCUUCGGAGGUAAUACCAGUAGCUUUGGAAAACUUGGAUCGUGGGAUAAAGAAGACGUAUAGUUUUGCGGGUAGUGAUGUCUCAAAGACGAGUAUGACAAGUAGCGAAAAUACUGAUGUAUCUAUCGUUACUACUACAACGGAGGGGAGUCCAUCGUUGAUCAGUACGGAAGGAUUUUGCGAGGGUGAGAGUACGGAUGUAUCGCCGGGUUCGACCUUGAACAAAUCGAAUAGAUGUACACCAACAACAGUAACGGAUAGUGAAAACGAGACGACUAUGAUAUUCGAUGAGGAUAACAACGAGUUGGAUGACGACGAGAGAGAAGACGAGGAUGACGAAUAUAACGAUAAUAUCAAUGACGAUAAAGAGAGAGAAACGUUAUUGGUCGGUGAGGUUGCGUUUAGUUCGACGAAGAGGAAAACUUCUUUAGGUAGAUCGAAAUCCCAAAAAGUUUCGAUGAAAGGUUCGAUCGUUGGUACGAAUAUUAUAAGAACGGAAAGCAAGGACGACGGUAUGGAUUGUAAUUUUGUUUCGGAGGACGAAGAGAAGGAACAGGAACCGAUAUACGUUAAUUCCUUCAAUGAGAACAAUGCGAAAAAUUUGGAACAUUCGAAUGGUAGAGUCGUCCCUGAAAUUUCUCAGGAUUAUACAAAUAACAAUAACGAUACCUCGAUCGAAGCCGAGACGACGGAUGAACAGAAUACAGAAGAGACUAGUGGUAAUUGGUAUAGUGAUCCUGACGAAGAUAAAACUAACGACGACGUAUUCAGGCAUACUUCAUAUCGAUCGAACAGUAAUCAUAAUUCCGUCCUUGAAUGUGUCAAUCAAAUACUUUUGAGGGAUAUGGAAGACGAGGAUCGUGUAUUAUCGGUACCAAGGAGAUUUAAACAUAGAGGUAGGACAGUGAGAUUUCAACCGGCUAGAUUAUCGGAUAUCGAAUCGGUUGGUUCAGAAAUGGAAAGGAAAAAUUCUGAAGAAGGAUUGAUGGAAAAGGAGACACUAAGUGGUGAUUUUAGUGAUCAAAGAUCGAUGAACGUUGCCAGUUUCGAGGCCACAGCUUCCGAGGAUGAAUAUGGCAUGAGAAUAACUCAUCCGGUUGAUCCAAACGAAGUUGUCAAUUCUACCGUAGAAUCUGUUCUCGAGGAUGACCCUGAAGAACCAAAAGUUAUACCGAUCGUAAUUAUAGAACCAAAGGUAGAGCCAGAGGAAAUAAAAAAUUCAGGCCUUGCCUCGUCAACGCAAAAGCCAAAAAUACCUAUUCAAUCGGUUAGUCCACCGCUUAGAAUGGAAAGAAUCGAAGAGAAGACGUGUUUGCAAAUGUCAACGAAACGUUUGACCAUAGCUAAGAAUCUUGAUUACGAGGACAUCGAGUCUUUACCGGAAGUUAUAUUGCCAUCGCCUAAAACUCCACCGGCUUUACCACCGAAGCCACAAUUUCGUAAUAAUACCUUGAUAUUAAAGAAAAUACCAAGCCCGUCGUUUUUGAUUGACGAAACGAGAAAGAAAUUGUCGGAGGUCAGUUCUGCUGCUGCGCAUGGAAAAAAGAUCUUCACUCUUAUUGGUUCACCGAUUGAAUCUUCAUCGACGAUAACAAAGACCUCUGUUAAAAAUUUAAAUUUCGACGAGACGUCUACGAAAAAUGUUGGAAACAACGAGGAUGGUAAUUUUUGGAAAAAUCGAUUCAAUAACGUUCGUUCGUCCUUUCAAUCACGACAUUCCAACGAAAAGAAUGUCGUCCAUCGAUCACGUAAAAUUCCAAGGGUUACGAACAUAGUACGGCACUUUGAGGAAUUUAAAAUUGGUGGAGAAAAUGAGGAACGAUCUAAGGAACGUAACAAACCGAAGGAGAGAUACGUUCGUACGGAAUUCGGUCAAGAAUUCGACAUAAGACAAAACUUUGAGGAAUUUAACCUCGACGAAUGCGAUCUUUCGGAUGAUCCAAAUCGGCCAGAAGCUGAUGGUUCGGAACGACUUAGUAAUAAUCAUCUCGUAGUACCAGUUAGUCAAAAUGAAACUAAUAACGCACUGACCAAAGACAAUAAUAAUCAUCUUACGACUGCUACGAAUAAUGCGAAUACUGGUUACGACAAUUUCUUAGAAGCAACGGGUCUGAGCAACAAAUCCAUAUUAACACCCUCGAGAUUAUUGAGUAAUCAUAAGAGUAUGCUUAAACCUAAGGACGUUAAAUAUAAGAACAAAAUAAAAGCUACGGCGAUUUUAGAAAAACAUAAUGCCUCGACGUAUAAUACUACCACGACGACGAUGACGACGACGAUGACGAUGACGACUACAACAACGACGACUACGGCGACGGCUACGGCAACGUCAACGUCAAUGGCAACGACAACGACAACGACAGCAACGCCGACAACGACAACACAUGUCAGACAUUGGACUGGACCAUUCGUUUGAUGAUUAAUUAAACGCUUUUCUAAAAGUUACACUAUUUACAACAAACAAGAGGAAAAUGAAUUUGUUAAGAGAGUUUUUUGAAGAUUAAUAUUAUAAAUUAUUUUAGAUUUGAAAUAUAUCGAUUCCUGUUAUGCAAAGCUAAUUAAUUAUGCUUGCAAAUUUUUCCUGUGUAUAUGUGUGUGUAUGUGUGUGUAUAACUAAUAUUCUCGCUAUGUUCCGCUCGUCGUUGAACAAUUCCUAGAGAUAUCCAAUGGAUUAUUAAUUACUGUUUUUAAAAUAUACCCCAUGGUAUUUCUGUAUAAUUGUAAACAACAAAAAUUGUAGUCACUUUUAUAUUAUUAUUGUAAUAGUUCAAUUGAAAGAGAAAAAUAUUUAUAUGUGUAUGCUAAAAAAUAUCUCUUUUGUUUUUCUCUUUUUCUUUUUUUUUUUUUUUUCUAUUUCUGUUAGCCUUAAGAAUAAUAAUAUUACUUAUUAAUAAUAAUGGUAAUAAUAAUAAUGAUGAUGAUGAUGAUAAUAAUAAUAAUAAUAAUAAUAAUAAUAAUAAUAAUGAACACAAUUUUUCGAACCAAUGAAAAAACUUUAUACCACGACUCGGUAGAGUUUUAAUUUUGCACAUUUAUUUUUAUCGGCUGAGUUGCAAUAAUGAUCGUUUUAAUUCGCAUACAAAUAAUAUUCGAUGUUAUCAAGUGUUUGAUUUCUAAUUUCAUCUUUAUGUGUGAUAUUAAUAUGAAUUUAAAUAUUAAAGAGAACAUAAAUAAAUUUUCAAAAUUAAUUUUCAAUUCUUAUGUACGCAUAGGGCAAAUUCAAUAAAUGUUAAUAUUAAACGAUAAAUAUUAUUCAAAAGAAAUGACAAAAAUGAUUAGACUAUUACCCAUCGUUUCGAUGAUUUAUAUUAACUCACCGAUAUAUAGAUGAUAUUAUCGAUUUUCUCUAAGUUAUAAUUGGCGAGCAAUGUUUAAUAAUUAACAAUAUGGCGCCCAUCAUUAUUUCCUAUUUGCAUGCAACUUGAAAAAAAAAUCAAUUUCUAUGUUCUACAUUUAAACAAAUUUGAUAAAGGCAAAGAAAAUACAUAUAUAUAUAUAUAUAAAAAAAGAACCAUAUUUUCAAAUCGCAUGAUAAACUUAUUCGUUCAGAAACAUUUUUUAUGAAAAUACGAUAUUAACGGGAAUGGAAAAUUUCAUUGGAAAAAUAUACAAUUACACAUAAGUAAUAAAUUAAAUGAUAACGUAUUAUACAUGCGUGUCAUUUACUUUAAUUUAAUAAGAUUUUAUAAAAUUCUUUUAUACAGAGGACACACAAAUUACGUUGGUCAUGAUUUUUCAAGAAAUGUCGACAGGGGCGCCAACUGUCGAUGAGGUUACUAUACUAACUGAAUUCGAAAAACUUUUUCAUACAUUUACAGAUAUUGGACAGAGAGUAUAUUAAUUUUGUAAUAUAAAUAAAAACGCUGAUCAAUUUUUUUUUUUCAUUA